UCACAGCCAUGGAGCUCUCGGAGGUGCGGUGUCUGAGCGACAGCGAUGAACUUUACACCAUCAACAGGACCCCCCCCGGCAGCGGCAGACCCCAGCGCCUGCUGUGGCAGACCGCCGUGCGCCACAUCACCGAGCAGCGCUUCAUCCAGGAGCACAGCAGCAGCAGCGGCGGCAGCAGCAGCGGUGGGGGCAAGGGCUUCAGCUCCGAGGAGACCUGCUGCCCCAACCACCACCCUCACCCGCCGCACCACCACCACCACCUCCGGCGACAGUCCGCCGGCCGGAGUUUGGGCGGCGAGCGCCACAACAACGGAGGCACCAAAGUCUUCCCGGAGCGCACGAGCAGCAGCGGGGACCUGGGCUUCCUGCCCCUGGACUGUGCCCCCAGCAACUCCGACUUCUUCCUCAACUGGGGCUAUACCUAUCGCGGAGUGAUCUUCCCCACUCUCCGCAACUCCUUCAAGUCCAGGGACUUGGAGCGCCUUUACCAGCGCUACUUCUUGGGCCAGCGGCGCAAAUCCGAGGUGGUCAUGAACAUCCUGGAUGUGCUGACCAAGCUGACUCUUCUGUUCCUCCACCUGACCCUGGCCUCUGCUCCCAUGGACCCCAUUAAGGGCAUCCUCUUGGGCUUCUUCACCGGCAUCGAGGUGGUGAUCUGUGCCUUAGUGGUGGUCAGGAAGGACACGACCUCGUACACCUACCUGCAGUACAGCGGUGUGGUCACUUGGGUGGCCAUGGCCACACAGAUCCUGGCAGCUGGUCUGGGCUGUGGCCUCCUUGGGGACGGCAUUGGCUAUGUGCUCUUCACGCUUUUUGCAACCUACAGCAUGCUCCCGUUGCCACUCACCUGGGCCAUCCUGGCUGGGCUGGUCACUUCUGUCCUGCAGCUCAUCAUGCAGCUGGUUAUACCCAGGUUGGCCGUGACUUCCCUCAACCAGAUAGCAGCCCAGGCAGUGUUAUUUAUGUGUAUGAACACUGCAGGAAUCUUCAUUAGCUACCUAUCAGACAGAGCCCAGCGUCAAGCCUUCCUGGAGACCAGAAGAUGCGUAGAAGCCAGACUGAGACUAGAGACAGAAAAUCAGCGACAGGAGCGGCUGGUGCUCUCUGUCUUACCACGGUUUGUAGUCCUGGAAAUGAUAAACGAUAUGACCAAUGUAGAAGAUGAACAUUUGCAACACCAGUUUCAUAAGAUCUACAUUCACCGUUAUGAGAAUGUCAGCAUUCUUUUUGCAGAUGUUAAAGGAUUCACCAAUCUCUCCACAACUCUGUCAGCCCAGGAGUUGGUCCGAAUGCUGAAUGAACUCUUUGCCAGAUUUGAUCGACUAGCACAUGAACAUCAUUGUCUCAGAAUAAAGAUCCUGGGGGACUGUUACUACUGCGUGUCGGGGCUCCCAGAACCUCGCCAGGACCACGCACACUGCUGUGUUGAAAUGGGGCUCAGCAUGAUCAAAACUAUCAGGUAUGUUAGGUCAAGAACGAAGCAUGACAUUGACAUGAGAAUAGGGAUACAUUCUGGAUCGGUUCUGUGCGGAGUGCUGGGCCUGAGGAAGUGGCAGUUUGAUGUCUGGUCAUGGGACGUGGAUAUCGCAAACAAACUCGAGUCAGGUGGAAUUCCUGGGAGAAUUCACAUUUCCAAAGCCACUCUGGACUGCCUGAAUGGGGAUUAUAAUGUUGAAGAAGGGCAUGGCAAAGAGCGCAAUGAAUUCUUGAGGAAACAUAACAUUGAGACUUAUUUAAUUAAACAACCUGAGGAGAGUCUGUUGACUUUGCCCGAAGAUAUUGUGAAAGAGGCUGUCAGCUCCUCCGACAGGAGAAACAGUGGAGCAACAUUUACUGAAGGAUCCUGGAGCCCUGAACUUCCAUUUGAUAACAUAGUGGGAAAACAGAACACUCUGGCUGCCCUAACAAGAAAUUCAAUAAAUCUGCUUCCAAACCAUCUUGCACAAGCUUUGCAUGUCCAGUCUGGGCCUGAGGAAAUUAACAAGCGAAUAGAGCACACCAUCGACUUACGGAGUGGCGAUAAAUUGAGAAGAGAGCAUAUCAAGCCUUUUUCACUGAUGUUUAAAGACUCCAGCCUGGAGCAUAAGUAUUCUCAAAUGCGGGAUGAAGUCUUCAAAUCAAACCUGGUGUGUGCAUUUAUUGUUCUUGUAUUUAUCACAGCUAUCCAAAGCUUACUCCCUUCUUCCAGGGUGAUUCCAAUGGUCAUUCAAUUUUCCAUUCUGAUCAUGUUGCACUCGGCUCUUGUGCUAAUCACCACAGCAGAGGAUUACAAAUGUUUACCCUUAAUGCUUCGGAAAACUUGCUGCUGGAUUAAUGAGACCUACCUGGCCAGGAAUGUCAUUAUAUUUGCAUCCAUUCUGAUUAAUUUUCUUGGAGCCAUCAUCAAUAUUCUAUGGUGUGAUUUUGACAAACCAGUAGCCCUGAAGAACCAGACGUUCAAUUCAUCUGCAUCUUUCACGGAUAUCUGUUCCUACCCUGAGUAUUUUGUCUUCACUGGGGUGCUGGCAAUGGUGACUUGUGCAGUCUUCCUUCGUCUCAACUCUGUCCUGAAGCUGGCAGUACUUCUCAUCAUGAUUGCCAUCUACUCGCUGCUGACUGAAACCAUUUAUGCUUCCCUUUUUCUGCAAUAUGACAACUUUAACCACAAUGGAGACACAGACUUCCUGGGUACAAAGGAGGCAUCUUUACUACUGAUGGCAAUGUUCCUUUUAGCUGUCUUUUAUCACGGUCAACAGCUUGAAUACACAGCAAGGCUGGAUUUUCUGUGGCGUGUUCAAGCAAAAGAAGAAAUCAAUGAAAUGAAGGAGUUAAGGGAGCACAAUGAAAAUAUGUUAAGAAAUAUUUUACCCAGUCAUGUUGCCCGUCAUUUCCUGGAGAAGGAUCGGGAUAAUGAAGAAUUAUACUCUCAGUCUUAUGAUGCUGUUGGUGUGAUGUUUGCUUCUAUUCCUGGAUUUGCUGACUUCUAUUCCCAGACCGAGAUGAAUAACCAAGGAGUAGAGUGUCUGCGCCUGCUGAAUGAAAUCAUUGCAGACUUUGAUGAGUUACUAGGUGAAGAGAGAUUUCAAGAUAUUGAAAAAAUUAAAACGAUUGGCAGCACAUACAUGGCUGUGUCAGGAUUAUCACCUGAAAAACAGCAAUGUGAAGACAAAUGGGGGCAUUUGUGUGCUCUGGCUGACUUCUCCAUAGCUCUGAAUGAAAGCAUACAGGAGAUCAACAAGCACUCAUUUAACAACUUUGAACUCCGUAUUGGGAUUAGCCAUGGCUCUGUUGUUGCAGGAGUUAUUGGUGCUAAGAAACCCCAAUAUGAUAUCUGGGGCAAAACGGUUAAUUUAGCAAGUCGAAUGGACAGCACAGGUGUUAGUGACAGAAUACAAGUGCCUGAAGAAACGUAUCUGAUCCUGAAGGACCGGGGAUUUGCCUUCGACUACCGAGGAGAGAUUUAUGUCAAAGGUAUCAGUGAACAGGAAGGAAAAAUCAAAACAUAUUUUCUUCGAGGAAGAGUUCAACCAAAUCCUUUAAUCCUACAGCCAAGAAAACUGACUGGACAGUAUUCAUUAGCAGCUGUUGUAUUAGGACUUGUACAGUCUCUUAACAGGCAAAAACAGAAGCAAAUCCUUAAUGAGAACAAUAACUCUGGAAUCAUAAAAGGACAUUACAACCGGAGGACUUUGCUCACUCCCGGUGGAACUGAGGCAGCAGCCCAGGCAGAAGGGGCUGACAAAACUGAAUUGCCAUGAUCAGCAUUUUGUUUGUGUUCUUUUUUUUUGUAUUUCUUUUAUAUAUAAAAAUAAAUAUACAAAUAAAAAGGGUUUAGUUUUUUUUA